UAUCUUCACAUUCUAAAACCCUUUUGCUUUUGCUUUCUCUUUGUCGCAGAAACACCAUGCACAGGCGACUGAGGCAACUUUUCACUCGUGUUAAAGAACACAGCAGUGUCAGUUAUGCUAAAAUUGCCACAGCAGGAGGUUUUUGCGAUGUUGAACUCAUCAUUGUGAAGGCAACAGCUCCAGAUGAUUUACCAUUUUCAGAUAAAUACGUUCUUGAGCUUCUUAAAAUCUUCUCCAUCUCUUCUUUAUCACUUCGAGCCUUUUCAGUUAGCUUCAGCCGUCGUUUCGCCAAGACUCGCAGCUGGAGAGUUGCACUCAAAUGCUUAAUUCUCCUCCACCGCUUGCUAAGAUCACUGCCUGAAAGCAGUCCUUUUCGGACUGAGUUGUUAUGGAGUAGAACCAAUGGUUACUUGUUUCUGAAUCCAUGUUACUUCCAAGAUGAAUCCUCCUCCACCCCUGAAGAUUACACUGAAUUCAUCCGAUCAUACGCUAAUUUGCUCGAUGAAGCACUCGAUUGCUUUGCUUUGGAUGGGGGAGCGUCGGAAACGCCUGAGAGGGAAGGCCAGAGCUUGUCGAAUAAAAUGAAGGAAGUUGGGAGGAUGAUUGAAGUGUUGACACAGCUUCAAAGCUUGAUUGAUAGAGUAAUGGAGUGCAGGCCAAGUGGGGUUGCAGCCAGGAGCUUCAUUGUUGAAAUAGCAAUGAAGUUUAUAAUCCGGGAUAGUUUCAUUUGUUACAGAACUUUCAGAAGAGAAAUCGUUUUGGUGCUGGACAAUUUGUUUCAAAUGCCAUACAGAAGUUGCAUAGUAGCUUUUGGGAUUUACAAGAAAGCAGCCCUGCAAGCAAAUCAGCUUUGUGAAUUCUAUGACUGGUUUAAGGGAAUGGGAAUUUGUGGAGCAUAUGAAUACCCGUUUGUCGAUCGGAUCCCACAGAUUCAAAUUCAGGCUCUCGAGGCUUUCCUCCAUGAAAUGUGGCAGCUAACAGAGUCAUCAUCGUCCUCGUCUUCAUCGACCUUGACACCACAAUUAACCGAAGACGAGGGAGACAAGCAAAUUGCUGUUAGCAAGGCUAUUGAUGUUAGUACCCAAUGGGAGAAAUUUGAAGAUGAAGGUGUUCGAAGAGGAGGGGAGAUAGUGCCAAUGAUUAGGUUUGAAGAAAGUGAAAAUGAUAGCUGGGAGGAUCUUCUUGAUGCAUCUGUAAACUUCCCUUGUGUUGGAAGCAAUUUGUUGAAUAAAGAUGGGUGUGAAAAGGAAGAGAGAAACAGAGGAGAUUAUACAAGUGAUUGGAAGAUCCAGGUGUAUAAUCCUUGGGCUGCAAGUUCUUUUAAUCAACCUUACAGGAUGCCAUAUCAACCUGGAUUAUAUCUCAACCUACCUAUGGCUAUGUAUCAAUGAGGAAUACAAUUGGGCAAGUGAGAAAUCAUCUUAGAUUCGUAAUUUUUUUGCGCUAAUAAAUGAUAAACCUUUCUUUUAGUAUGAUAAGUAGGGUGGAUUUUAUCGAAAUCAAAUCUAAACAAAGAUCAGUUCAAACUUGAUCUGAAUCCAAACUAUCAACACAAGACCAAACUUGU